AUGUUCCCACAAGGAAUGCGUUUAUCGCAGAGGUUACACAAGAAAUAUAUAUUUGCCUCUAAAGCUUUAACGUGGACAACGAAACCCACUAAUAUACGCCACCUUCAUGACAUAAGGCCGCCUAUAUCAAACUUCAGUACGCAAGAACCGGCCCCCGUGUCCAAGUUUCCAGCCAAUAUACUAAGUCGAGCAUCAAUGGCUCCAAAACCUAAUACAGAAAAAAAAAACCGUAGUGUGAUGUAUUCUUUCAUUGGUGUUUCUAUAGUUGGUUUUAUUCUUUGGUUCAGAAGUAACUCGAAGAAACAAAAACUACCUUUUUCAGCACAAAAAGUCUGGAAAGAAGCGAUAUGGCAAGAAAGUGAUAGGAUGGACUUUAAUUACAAGGAAGCAUUAAGGCGGUAUAUUGAAGCGUUGGAAACCUGUGAUCGCUCUCACGUGGAACCAUUAUCGGACGAUUAUACAAGAAUAGAGCUAAAAAUUGCUGAAAUGUAUGAGAAGCUUAAUAUGGUUGAUGAAGCUCAAACUUUAUAUCAAGAGUUAUUAUGUCGGUUUUUCGAAGCCUUGAAUGUCCCUGGCAAAGUUGAUGAAAGUGAAAGAGGGGAAGUACUGAGAAAAGAUUUGAGGAUUUUGAUUAAAUCUUUAGAAAUUAACAAAGAUAUAGAAAGUGGCAAGAAAAGAUUGUUGCAACAUUUGCUUUUAGCUCAAGAAGAGAUUUUAAGCAAGUCUCCAGAGUUGAAGGAAUUCUUCGAAAACAGGAAAAAGAAACUCUCUAUGAUAAAAGACGUUAACAAAGAUCCUAAUGAUGACUUCAAAACAUUUGUAAGUGAGGAAAAUAUUAAGAUUGAUGAUCAGGGUUAUAUGAUUUUGGACUUGGAAAAAAAUAGCAGCGCUUGGGAACCUUUCAAAGAAGAAUUUUUUACUUCUAGAGAUUUAUACACAGCAUACUGUCUAUCAUCAAAGGAUAUAGCUGCUGCUUUAAGUUGUAAGAUAACUAGCGUGGAAUGGAUGGUUAUGGCGGAUAUGCCACCGGGACAAAUAUUGCUAUCGCAAGCAAACUUGGGGUCGCUGUUCUAUCUUCAGGCAGAAAAGCUGGAAGCCGACUUGAAUCAAUUGGAACAGAAAAAAAGUGAAGAAUCUGACCAAGAAUUGGAUAUGGGAACAUACAUAAAAGCUGUCAGGUUCGUACGUAAAAACCGCGACUUAUGUUUAGAAAGAGCGCAAAAAUGCUUCGAUAGUGUAAUUAGUUUUGCCAAAAGAAAUAGAAAAAUUAGGUUCCACGUAAAGGACCAGCUGGAUCCUUCGGUUGCACAGUCAAUUGCCCUCUCUACCUACGGGAUGGGUGUUCUGAGUUUACAUGAAGGUGUUUUGGUCAAGGCUGAAAAACUAUUCAAAGAUUCAAUUACGAUGGCCAAGGAAACUGACUUUAAUGAGCUCCUUGCUGAGGCUGAGAAGGAGUUAGAGAAGACGGCCAUCUUAAAAGCUGCUAGGAAAGAGAAUUUAAACUGA